GAAAUUUAUUAUAUAAGUUUUUGUUUCAUACAGCUUCUCUCUUAAAAUAUUAUACAAUCCAAUGACGACAAAAUCAAAACACAUUAUUCUCAGUUUGACCUUUCUCCUACUUUUCUUAUCCACCGUCUUCUCAUCUCACGUAACGCAGCGUUUUACAUCCUCCGAUGACAUCACUGAGCUCGUCGUCACCGCAUUAAACCAAACCAUCUCAAAUGUCAAUCUCUCUUCCUCCAACUUCUCCGACCUCCUACAACGUCUAGGGUCUAACCUAAGCCAUCGCGAUCUUUGCGCAUUCGAUGACUGUCUCGAGCUACUCGAUGACACCGUCUUCGAUCUCACCACCGCGAUAUCCAAGCUCCGAUCUCAUUCUCCGGAGCUCCAUAACGUCAAAAUGUUACUCAGCGCCGCGAUGACAAAUACACGAACGUGUCUCGAUGGUUUCGCUUCUAGCGACAACGAUGAGAAUUUGAAUAAUAAUGAUAAUAAAACAUAUGGAGUGGCUGAGAGCUUGAAGGAGAGUCUUUUCAAUAUCUCUAGCCACGUCAGCGACUCGUUGGCUAUGCUUGAGAAUAUUCCAGGGCAUAUUCCGGGGAAAGUAAAGGAGGACGUUGGGUUUCCGAUGUGGGUCUCAGGGAGUGACCGGAAUCUACUUCAAGACCCGGUGGAUGAGACUAAGGUUAAUCUCGUGGUGGCUCAAAAUGGGACUGGAAACUACACGACCAUUGGCGAGGCCAUAUCCGCCGCACCCAACUCGAGUGAAACCAGGUUUGUGAUAUAUAUAAAAUGUGGGGAAUAUUUUGAAAACAUUGAAAUACCGAGGGAAAAGACAAUGAUAAUGUUCAUUGGAGAUGGAAUCGGACGGACAGUAAUAAAAGCUAACCGCAGCUAUGCAGAUGGAUGGACAGCCUUUCACUCUGCUACCGUUGGCGUGAGAGGUAGUGGCUUCAUAGCUAAGGACUUAUCAUUCGUGAAUUAUGCCGGACCGGAAAAACACCAAGCUGUGGCAUUACGAAGUAGCUCUGACCUCUCUGCUUACUACCGAUGCAGCUUUGAAAGCUACCAAGACACCAUUUACGUCCAUUCACACAAACAGUUUUAUCGAGAAUGUGAUAUAUAUGGCACAGUCGAUUUCAUAUUUGGUGACGCAUCGGUUGUGUUCCAGAAUUGUAGUCUCUAUGCUCGUAGACCAAAUCCUAACCAGAAAAUCAUAUAUACCGCUCAAGGCCGGGAAAACUCACGUGAACCCACUGGUAUUUCUAUAAUUAGUAGCAGGAUUUUGGCGGCACCUGACUUGAUCCCUGUGCAAGCCAACUUCAAAGCAUAUUUAGGUCGUCCGUGGCAACUAUAUUCUAGGACGGUUAUUAUGAAAUCGUUUAUUGAUGACUUGGUGGAUCCUGCCGGAUGGUUGAAGUGGAAAGAUGAUUUUGCUCUUGAAACUUUGUAUUAUGGAGAGUACAUGAAUGAAGGACCCGGUUCGAACAUGACAAACCGGGUCCAAUGGCCUGGUUUUAAGCGUAUCGAAACCGUAGAAGAAGCAAGUCAAUUCUCUGUUGGUCCAUUUAUCGAUGGUAACAAAUGGCUUAAUUCUACGAGAAUUCCUUUUACUCUUGAUCUCUGA